GCGCAGCGGCCAUGGGGGCGCGGCUGGGCCGGCGGACCGGACCCGAGGCUGGCUUGGAAGCCGGGGCGGCGGCGGGGUGCGGGCCUGCGCCCUAUGAGCGCCGGGUGCGCUGGCUCCGCGAGAUCCAGUCCACGCUCCGCGAGCGGCGGCCCGAGCGUGCCCGGCAGCUGCUGCGCCUCCUGCGCCAGGACCUGGGCCUCGAGGGGACCCUCCUCACCGACAUCCUCUAUAGGAAUGUGACCUUCCUCAAUCUGGUGGACCCUAUCUCCCAUGACCUGCUCGUGAACCUGGCCCGUGACCUGCAGUGUCCCAAGACGGACUAUGAGCUGUGGAAGUCCUCGGACAAGAUCUGCCGACAGCUCAUCUACCACCUCACCCCUCACUCCAAGUGGCAGCGAGGAUCCAGCCUGCUCCAGAUGAAGACCCAGAGCCGCCUCAAGAGCAGCCUCGAGACGACUCAGCUGGCGGGGGAGACUGUAAACCUUUCGGGGAUUCCGCUGUCGGCGCGGGAUGUGCAGCACAUUGUGCGCUACCUGGGAAGCCAGGGAGCUGGGCUCAUGGUGCUGGACCUCAGCUUCACGGGGCUGGGUGAUGAGCUGUUGCGCCUGCUGCUGCCCAGCCUCUGGACGCUGCCCCGCCUCACCCAGCUCCUGCUCAACGGCAACAGGCUGACAAGGGCCAGUGCCCGCGAGCUCACUGAGGCUGUCAAGGACGCCACCAAGUUCCCCUCGCUAGCCUGGGUAGACCUGGGCAACAACGUGGACGUGGCCUCCUUGCCCCAGCCCCUGCUGGUCGGCCUGCGCCGGCGGCUGAGCCAGCGCACCUUACUCCCCACCAUCUACGAGGGCCUGGACCUCGAGCCUGAGGGCAGUGCAGCUGGGGCCACCUCUGCUGCCUGCACCUGGGGCUCUGCAACUGCUGGGCCAGGGUCAGAGCCCCAGGCCUGCUGCACAAGGUGACGGGCCACCACCCUGGCUGCUGCUACCUGACUGCCAGUGGCACAUGGGAUGGGGGUGAUGGAGGCCUUCUAGGUCCCCAGAAAUCCAGUGUAAAUGCUCAGCCUGGGCUUAAGGGGAUGGAAGGAAAAUGGAUUCACUAGAGGUUAGAUGGUCAGCCCAGGAUGGAGUCUCAGACUUCCUUCAGCAGGAGGGCCCAGCACCUCCCACAGUAAACAGUGAUGCCCC